AUGGCGAUAAAUUCGGUGACAAUGGCUUCCUCCCACAGCCUCUUCCGCGCAAGCUCCCUCGUCCCUCCCGGUGCCACACGGAGCCGCCGCUCCGAUUCCUGCGCCCCUCGCCUCCAAUUCACCAAGCACCCCAGAUGCAGCGUGCUGAGGCUGUGCAGCGCACGCCCUAGCGCUCCGGCCCUCAACCAGUGGUGGGCGUCCGAGCUCACCCCGGAGGAUCUACCCACGGAGGAGACCGACGGGCCGACGACUGGGCACGGCUGGGAGGAGCUGGUGGCCAUAUGGAACGCGCUCAUCGCCGAGCCCCUCCGGCCCGUCCUGCUCGCCUUGCGCGAGAUCAGGGACCGCGGCCACUUCUUCCGCUGCCGCAGCUACCACGCCGGGAUCGUCGCUGGCCUAUUCUUGAUGAUUGCUGGCUUCUGCCAACUCCGUAAAUUAGUACCAACCCUGUUCGUGGAUAUAGUUCUUGGAUAUAUAUUCUACAAGUUAAGUGUCCUAGCAGCAGAACUGAGAAGAAAUGGGAAGGCGAACCAUUUGUGUGCUCGGAUACAGCUCCUUCUCUUACUUAUUUUGUCAUUCAAGGAUAACAAUGCUUUCUGGGAUGCUUACCGCCUCGUCACCGAGUUGAUCUGGUUCAUUGCUCUGGACGUGUACUUAGUAGCUGUCACCUUUGAAAUUAUCGACGAGGAGGAUCCCAGACCCGAAAUGCUAGGAAUUUACAAGAUACUAAAAACCAAAGGGGGCCUGACGAGGGUGAUAAAGAAUUGGAAUUCGAAAGAUUGGUAG